AUUCACAAAUCAGACUAUGAAAAGCUAAGGCUCUUUAAAACUAUUCGAGAAAUAACAGGUCUCCUACAAAUUAUGUGGUGGCCCAAACAAUACUCUGAUCUGAAUCCUUUUGAAAAUCUUGAAAUAAUCCAUGGCACAACAAAAUUUGAGGGCUACUCUAUGAUUAUAACAAGGCUGUCCAUACAUUCACUGGGAUUAAGUUCCCUAAAAGAAAUUAGAAAUGGUAAUGUACUGAUUAAGGCGAACAAGAAUCUUUGUUAUGUUGACUCUAUCAAUUGGAGAACCAUUUUGAAAACAAACCAGCAAAAAGAAAUCGAGAAUAACCAAAGUAAUGAGGAGUGUGCUGCUGCAGAUAAGAUGUGUGAUCCCUUAUGCUCUGUCGGAGGCUGCUGGGGCCCAGGACCCUUCCAGUGCUUUUCUUGUCAUACAUUUAGUCUUGAUGGGGAAUGUUUGCAGCCCUGUAGCAUUUUGGAAAGGGUGCAGACAAAUGUUUCAGAUGUGCUCACUACAAAGAUGGUCCAUACUGUGUCAAAUCAUGUCCAGAGGGACUCCCGGGAGUAA